AGGAGGGGAGGAGGGAGCGCGUGCCGUAGUGCAUUGCCAGUAGCAGCCCGAGCUCGAGCGCUCUGCACAUUGAUCUGCGCCACAAACUCAUCGAUAAUCUGAUCACACAGAGAAGUACACAUUUGCCACACUGUGUGUUAAUAUAGUAUUAAUGCCGUUUUUUUGAACCGGGGUCGUUUCCUGCACGGUAUUGAGGGGUCGCAAUGCCAUCAGGGCAGUAAUUCAUUUCUUUCGGACGCAUUUAUAAACUACUGGAGGGGAAAGAAGUGACAUGGCCACAGUCGUGGAGAGUCCAAGUGGAGCUUCUAAAAAGGACAGAGGAAGAUUAGUGAAAGAGAGGAGACAAGAGAGAGAGAAGAUUCAUGCGGUUCGAGAGCAGGAGCUCUGGGAGAAGGAGUUCCGUGCAAGGCAGCAGUAUGAGCGUUCGCUGGAGGAGCGAGGGAGGCGCCUGGAGGUGCAGCGGCAGCGGGAGGAGCUCCGCCGCGCAGCGGCCCAAGAGAAGAGGAAGCAGCGUGGGGAGGAAGAGAAGGAGCGUCUGGAGGCCCUGAUGCGACGCUCGACAGACCGUGGCCUGCAGCCAGAGCAGAGGCCCAAACGCUGGACAUGGGGCGGCCCGCCCGGAACCUGCGAGGGUGUUCCUAAGAUAGUCCUGCCCACUCCUGCUGCUUCUGCCUCCUUAGCCAAUGAUCCUGCUGCUCUCCCUCCUGCCAGCCAAUCCAGGACCGACUUUAUGAUUCCACCUGAGUCUCCUGAUCCAAACCUGAUCAAAAGCCUUUCCUCCUCCUCCACUGUUCUAGCCCAAACAACAGAGAAAGCCUCUCCCAGCCCCCACAGGUCCCUGCACAAGGCCUCGCCCAGCAGGGCUGACCGCAAGAAGACCAAUGGAGUGUCUGCCGGGCCUUUGGAUGAAUCUCAGAACGGCACCACAACCCCCAAAACCCCCCAGACAGAAAAACCAGGGGGAGAGAGAGGCUUCAAUAACGGCCUGAUCGACUCCUCAGUGAAACAACUCGAAUCUCCCACGACUCCCACCAAGAACUCAACCCGGAAGAAUGCCAGCACACCUAAAAGGUCCAAGUCGUGUAGGAGCCGUAUUCAGUCUCCCUGUUCUCCUGGGCAAUUCCCCACUUCACCUAUGAGGCACAGAGCCACCACCCCCAGCGCAGACAGCAGCAAGAGGUGGGAUGGAGAGGAGAAGGCAGCCGAGAGUAAAGGCUACAGCACUCUGGACAGGAAAACCUCCAGGACAGAGAAGAUACCAAAAUCUGCAAGCAAAGAACUCGGACAUAAUGCAGAGUCCCCGGUGACGCCCACUGGUAAAGCUGGCACCACCGAUGCUGAGGAAGCCUCCAGGCUGCUGGCAGAGAGACGCCGUCUAGCCAGAGUACAGAAAGAGCAGGAGGAGAAACAGCGAAUGGAGGAGGAGAGGCUGAGGAUGGAGGAUCUCCAGAGGAAACAGGAGGAGGAGCGCGAGCGGCAGGUGCAGGCGGCCCGCCAGGCUGAGGAGGAGAGACAGAGGCAGGAGGAGGAGCGAAGACAGAAAGAGGUGGAUGACAGGAGACAGAAGGAAAGGCGCUUGAAAGAGCUCCAGGAUCAGCUGGACAGAGAGAGGGAGGAGGCCUUCCAGAGAGUGCAGAGAGAGGCGGAGCGAAAGCAGAGGGAGAGAGAGCAGCUCAAACUGCAGGAGGAGCAAGAGAGACUGCAGAGGAAGAAGCGUAUUGAAGAGAUCAUGAAAAGGACGAGAAAAAAUGAUGCAGAACCAAAGAAAGACGAGGUGCACAUCGAGUCCAGCUCCCCCAUGACCCCGUCCGUUUUGGAACCUGGAGAUGCUACUCUGAUUAAUGGCCCAACUGAAAGCUCCACCUUUGCUGAGGUGAAGAACAAUGAAUCCCCCUCAUUUAUCUCUGCUGACUCGCCUGUAAUAAACCUAGAGCCCCUGGAAGCGAAGGGCAGUGCAGCAGAUGAUCUUUCUGAUGGGGUCCAGUCCAUGGAUGUCAGCCCAGUCUCCAGAGAUGAGCCGAUCUACUCUCCAGUCAGCGAGGGCUCCCACGACACAAUGAGGAACAGCCAGGCCCUGGACCAGCUGCUGGAUCUCACCGGCCAGCCACCCUAUCCUAAAGCUCCUGCCGGGGCAGCGCUUGGAGACUGCAACAAAAACCUCAUCCAGGGCUUCAGCAGCGCUGCUACAGACUCAGCACUCAUCCAGAGUCUUGGGCCGACCAUGGAAAAGCUCAGCAUCUAGUGCAAUGGGAGACAGUGCCACGUGAGCUGUCCUGGUGAGGAAUGGUUUGGAGUUGGCCUGAACAAAAAGACAGUCUGUUGUGCCUCAGUUCCAGCUUUUUCAAGCUUCUCCAUGAGAACCCCUCUGCACCCCGGAGCCUGAACAAUGGAGAGCGAGCACUGAAUGUUGUAUGAUUUGUUAAGUCAGAAGCACUCCUUUACACAUAGAUUAAAGCUUAGCCUUUCCUCCAUACGUAUUACAUUUCAAAAUAUUUCAUUGUAGUAACUGCGAGGGAAGGCACCUGUAAUACUGCAGUCUUAUAGUUCUUUAUAUUCCUGUAUACACUGUAGCGUUUUAAUGAGUGGAUCAAAAAACACGAGGCUUGUAGCAACUCAAUGGAGUUCUGUGUAUUUGCGACGGGAGCACAACUGACCAGCAGCGCGACUGUGUGUAACUGUGUAGAGUGUGUUCAGUGUGACGUGUCGUAUUGCUGGGGUUUGCAUACGGUAAAUCCAAUAUUUCACUACUUUAACUCAGUCAAAGCAUUGUAGGCUACUGCUAGAUAUCAAAACGUCAUGCAGAUGUACACUAUUAUCUACAAAAAUAUAAGAUGCCCUUCUUGUGACAUUCUUACACACACAUUGUGAAAUAAAACUUCCAGUGUAACAGUGGCCAUUUUAAAAAGAAAGAAAGAAAGAAAGAAAGAAGAGUCUGGCUGAAUAAGAAAGGAAGCAAA